AGCCCCGAGGCUGUGGUCCAGCAGGGCCCGACAGCGGUGGUGUGGGGUGGCUGGAGCCGGGAUCAGGGGUGCGAAGGUGUUCAGAAGGGCUCGCGGAGCCUGGAAGCGAGAGAGGCCUGGGCAGUGGGAGAGCACGGAGGUCGGGGCCGUUGUAGGGGCAGAGCGCUGGGAAAGGUGGUGGGAACAGUUGGUCUGGGUGGCCAGGAUGGUUCUCACCACCUCGAUGAGGGGGCCAGGCAGGGACCCCCCACUGCCUCCCCCGUUGCCACAUCGUGUUUUGUCUUGGUACCUUGUGCCAAAACGUUUCUGACGUUGUUCUGCCACACUUAGAGCUGGUGAUGCCAUUCUUCAUCGAACCUUGUCGUGUUCCUCAAAUAUCCUUGACCUGUCGUAGUGGUUGUUGUGACACAUCCACACUUCAUUUCCACCGUGAUACCCUCAUGGUGACCAUGACAUGGAAUAAGGGUACUGGGAAGACAUUGAGGUAGCUGGCUGCUCUGUGGCAGGAUUUUGAAUCUCUCUGGGGGCAGGGCUUCAUUUCUAGGAUAUUUCAGUGUUAUGAAUGAGGAAGGUGGUGUCUGGUCUGUCAACUCAUCCACCACACUUUGGCCUUUGGCAGAGCACUAAGGCUGCUGCAUUUGUUUGUGCCAGUGUUACUUGGGCACGUUGUUGGGCCAAAGUGCUGCCCCGGCACCUUCCACCUCUGUGGCUCACACAGGUCUGUCCUGGGGACAUCCAGGAGCUGUCACUGGUGAGGUUUGGCCGUGGAGCAUCUCUGCUGUGACACUGUGCAGGGCCCUGACUGGGGCCCUGAUCUUCCUGAGCAGUGUGGGAGGUGGCCUGUGUGUCAUGUCAUCUGUUCAUUCUUUGCUCUUUCAGAUGCAUAACUUGCAGGACGAAUCUGGUUCCAUCUGUGCUACUUCUCUCUGGCUACAGCUCGAGUUUGUAGAAAAUGGCCCCAUGUCAAGGAGUGUGGACAAGGCAAAGGAACCAGGAAUGCUUCUCACUGAGUUUUGAAAUACGUGUUAGACGGGCUCAGGAAACCACAUUAGUUAUUAAGGAAUAACAAUGGAAAGAGAAGACUCUUUUUCCUCAUUUUUUUUCGGGAGUGGUUUCAGCCUGGAGGGUUUUCUCUGGGGAAGCACAAUUGGCCUUGCACUGGAAAAUGGCUUUGUCAGUGCAGAAAGCUCAGGCUCUGCCUCUGCCCAUGUUUCCUAAACCAGGGCUGAGCUUUGUUCCAUGUGCUCAAAACCUUGAGUCCACAGGUAGGGAGGGAGUGCUGGAGUCAUCCAGAAAUACAAACACGAGAGUGAAUAAUUGAUCAAGCUCUGUGUAACUUCUGAGAGGAAAGUUACUCUUAUGCCUGAGCACCAUAAACUAGCAGGAAGAAAGCAGUGCUGGGGAUGGUAGGAAUUUAAUUUCUCUUUUUUCCCCUCAAGAUUAAAUGCCCCAUGGGUGUAGGAGCCAGUUUCCAGCAUCACAGUGCAGUGUCAGAAUAACUGGAGUUCCUUGCUGUGACCUUUCACGGUGAUUGAAUCGAUCACCAGCAGUAAGAGCAGUGAUGCCUGGCCCAGAACCACUCUCAGUGUGUUUCUGGUUCAUGCCAUGUUGUUGCAUUUCCACCUCCUGUGUGAUACUUGCACUUGAAGUGUCAGACUGCACUUACCUUCAGACAAAGUAACUCCACAUUGUAUGGCAUCGCCAGUCAGUGCAAUCAGGAAUAUUCUUUCUGUCAUCAUUAAGUUUUUGAGCCAGACCUACCUUUCUGUCCUAUUCCUUUGACUUUGACUCUUGUUUCUGUGGUCUUCUGGAUUUGUAAGUAAUCUGAGGGGUUGUUCAGUUUCACGUUUAUUUAAAUUUGGGCAUGGAAGGGGCCAUUUGCUUUGUCUGUCACUUGUUUUCUCAGCCCCAGCACAGCAGUGCUGGUUAUUCUGUGGUGGCUCCAGCUCAUGGCAUUCCCAUUUGUUCUAGUGCUCCACUACUGCUUCAGAGAAAUAAACUCGGGAUGGGUAACAAAUUGUCACACUGUCAUAGUGGCUGUUCCUCUUUAUUUCAGCACGUGGUCAUUAAUAGGAGAUCUCAUCAUUCCUGAAGUAUUCUUGACACCUUUUCAAGCCAGCCCAUCCAUGCCAACAGCUUCAGUCCUUGUUUUCAGAGGCCUUUGCAUGCAGUGACUUAGUGAUCCCUGGGCAGGGAGGUGCCAUCGAUCGAUGGAUCAUUGUCUGAGCAAAGGGAGUUCUGCAGAUCGCCCAAGACCAGAGGGAGUAAGGGUAGACCACACCCUUUCCAUGAAACCACAGUUGCUUGCUUGGGAGGAUUCAUCCAACAGGGAUAGUUGGUCACGUUGCAGCAAAGCCCAACAAAGGCACACGGACACUUUCCCAAGUUAUGGAGACAUUUCCCAGUAUAACCAUCCUCAGAAUGGAGGCUGUCUGAAUCCUUCCUGUGCCCUUCUCCUUUCAUCAUCCUGUAACUCUUCCUCUUGUUCAUGGGCACAUGUUGCUGGGCUCUCUCUGGAGCCAGAGUGGUCUCCGUGGGGGUUAUCUGCUGGUAGUAAUCAGGCACUUGAGGACAGUGAGUCGCAGUGUAUGCCCCAUAUGGGCUGGAGGCAUCUUCUUCAUUGUUACGGAAUUUGCAGUCUGUAUGUUGAUAGCUGAAGGCAGUAACUUGGAACCCACAGUCUGUUGUGGCUUUUUUGAUAUAUACUUUGCUUUACUGCUAGAGGAUAAAUUCUAAUGUGAAGCUGUACUUUGUUUUCAUGUUAAGUAAGUUGUAAAAGCCUUGUAUGGAAGCAUUGUAGGUGUCCUGGCUCCCACUGAGUGAGUGAGGAGUGAUGGUGCACAGCUGAGAUUGUUAAUGGCUAAGAAUCAUACAGAGAUGUCAUUGGUGACUGGGGGACUGACACUGGGAUUUUCUUCCACAGUUGGGUGCUCUCAGUCACGCAAAAGCUUUGGUUGUUUACCUGCUUGCUCCCUACCUCGGCUGAACUUGAUGAACAGCACUUCCAUGCACAGCAGCCCAAGGAGCAGCAGAUGUUCUGGGUCGUUUCCCAGGCCUCAGCCCAUGCUGCUGCCUGAACUUGUAACUGAGCACUGAAUGCCACACUGCAGGUGCCUGUUGGCAGUGUCUGCCUGGCUCAGCCUCUCCCUCCUUGCCUGUACCAGACUCCUUCAGUGCCUGCUCAGCUCUGUGUCUUUGCUCACCCCCCUGAACGCCCGGGUGCAGUGAGGCGUUAGGGAGAAGCCAGCAUGUUGUGGCCUCCUGCUUCGGACUGUCUCUCCAAAGGGUCAGUCCCUAAAAAUGCUGUGCUCAGACAUGAUGUGUGUGUUUAGAAUAACAGCUGAGAGUCCAGGUCCUUCUUUUAAGGGAAGAUGUAACUCAUGAAGGUUGGGUCUUAAACUGGUGAGAGGACAAGUAAUGAGUGGAGUGCUGAAGGUAAAAAGGAUGAAACGGAAGCACAUCCUCAUGGAGUCAGAGACUAAGGGGAAGGCCUCAGUUGGCCGGCAGAGCCCGAGGGUGGUCCCAUACCCAGCCCGCAGCCUAUGUCCUGGAGAGCCCGCCCUUCAGAGUGCAGCAGGUACCUCAGUUGUGUCAAUGGGCUCAGCUGAUCAUCGACUGAACCUGGCGGAGAUCCUUUCACAGAACUACGGUGUACGGGAAGAAAGGGAGGACGAUGAUACUCAGGAGAAGCAGAAAUCUUUAGAAGAGCUGGAGAAGAGUUUCAGUGCCUCUCAGAGCAGUGAAAUGCCAUUUGAGGAGCUGCUUGCACUGUAUGGCUAUGAGGCAUCUGAUCCUAUCUCUGAGCAGGACAGUGAGAGCAAUGACAUCACUCCAAAUCUCCCUGAUAUGACUCUGGAUAAGGAACAAAUAGCGAAGGAUUUGCUUUCAGGGGAAGAAGAGGAGGAGACACAGUCCUCAGCUGACGAUCUGACUCCAUCCGUCACGUCCCACGAUGCGUCGGACUUAUUCCCAAACCAGCCUGGCUCAAACAACUUCCUUGCUGAUGAAGACAAAGAGCCCUGUUCAUCUCCAUGUGCUUCCUCCAUGGCUGAGGAUUCAGAGGUGGAUUCCAUCCCAUCCAACGAGUGUAAGAAGGAGAUCAUGGUUGGACCUCAGUACCAGGCCACUGUUCCCAUCCUCCGCUUAAACAGGCACAGGCAAAAAGUGCUUUUUCUGUUAGCCUAUGAGAAUGAAGAUCAGCUGCUUUGGGACCCAAACAUCCUCCCUGAGAGAGAGGUUGAAGAGUUCCUGUACCGCGCUGUGAAGCGGCAGUGGGACGAGCUGUCCGGCAGCAGCCUGCCAGAGGGAGAGGUGGUGAAGGACAACGAGCAGGCUUUGUAUGAGCUGGUGAAAUGCAACUUCAAUGCAGAAGAGGCACUACGGAGGUUACGGUUCAACGUGAAGGUUAUCAGAGAUGAGCUUUGUGCCUGGAGCGAGGAAGAAUGUAGAAAUUUUGAACAUGGCUUUAGGGUCCACGGGAAAAACUUUCACCUUAUCCAAGCAAACAAGGUCCGCACCCGGUCAGUGGGCGAGUGUGUGGAGUAUUAUUAUAUGUGGAAAAAAUCAGAGCGCUAUGACUACUUCACUCAGCAGACUCGUUUAGGAAGGAAGAAGUACGUCCUCCACCCUGGAGCCACAGAUUUCACUGACAAUGACCUGGAUGGGGUUGAAGUAGAAAACACCAGUCGUUCCCGGAGCUCCCCACCAAUUCCCUCUGCAACUGGCUGCCUGAAUGCUCACUUUGGUCAAGAUCAGAUAGCAAUAGAGAGCACAGAGCCCCUGAGCGUGGAGAGCACGGCCUGCAGCCUGGGCAGCAUCAGCGAGUCGGGGCAGGGCUACGAGUGCAGCACCCCCUCAGAGACGAAUUGCUCCUUUGACCCCACGGAGGAGACGUCCUCAGGCGCUGUCCCAGCGUCCUGCCAACGACACACUGUCCCCCACUCCGAGCCAGAGCUCUUUGCUUUGCCGCCGGCAGGACCAGGACUGUCAGAGAAGCAGGAGACUUUGCAGAGCUCUGGUGAGACGAUAACUAUGGACUUCACUCUCCCUGCAGACAUUAACGAGGGGUUGCCUUUAAUUGCUGGCCCUGUGGAUUUGGACAGAGACCCAGAGGCAGUGGUGGCCCCUGCGCAAGUGUCCUUAUCGGUCACAGAUUUUGGUCUCAUUGGCAUCGGAGAUGUAAAUAGUUUCCUGACUGCUCAUCAGGCUUGCCCGGCACCUGUGGCUCAGUCAGAGCCUCUGUCACAGUGAGAGUCUCCAGUCACAAAUUUGUCACAGACCCAGCAAGGACUUUGACCUGACUGAGUGAAAUCCUGGAACUUCCACUGUCCUGUAGGGACAGUUUGGAGCUGUUGGUCAGAAUCCGUCUUUCCAUCCUCCUUGAUCCAAGGCUACAGUGAAACCAAACACCUUUCUGCUCCAGUGUAUCCUGGCGCAAUCACGCAGAGUGAUGGCUGGCUUUCCUGGGGGGGGAGGUCCAUCACCCCCUCUUCUGUUGACCACGUAUCACCCCAGGUGACGCCAGGCUGCUCAGAGAGUCCCUGCCUCAGGACAGGGGAAGUGUCCCUUGGCCCCAGUGGGACAGUCUGAGGGCAGAAAUGCUUUGAGAACAGGGCUGUGUCUCUGUCAUGUUGAGGAUGCAGGUCAGGGGUCUGAGAGCUCGGGAGGUCUGCAGGAAGCACAGCCUGCCCAGGCCGCAGGGUAGUUCACUGCAGAGACGGGCAUGGCAAUGCCAAGGGAAGCUGAGGAGUGUCUUGGCCCUUCUCCCACAGGCAGUGUGUUGCAGUAGGAGUCACUUACUGCAGUCUUCUCCCAACAGCUAUGGAUCAUGACAGGCAGAAACACUGCUGCUUCCAGCCUCAGGCAGCUCUGUGUUCCUGGUGCCCGCUCUCCACCACCUGCAGGUGGGUCAUGGCCUGGUCCAACCCUUGGGCUGAGGCGUCAGGUCUUGGAAGGGGAUGCUGUGUGGUGCAGCAGCAUUGUGUGCACUUGAGUCCUUCUCACCUUCCUACGCAGUGCUGGCCCAGGGAGAAUUGGUAUGGGCAGAAAUAUGAGUUUCUAGAGCCACAGAGUGAUGCUGGCCCGGAGCACUGUGGUGCUGCCACUUCUGCUGCUGGUGGGGAAUGACCUGAUCCUCACCUGCUCACUGUGCAAGAGGGUAAAAUGCAAAUGAAAACUUCUGUAACUUCCCAGUUUGUUCCAACAAUUUGUCAGCAGAGGGAGGAGGUUACUUAGCUCCCAGAGUGCGAAGCCUGGGACACUGGUGCUGGCUCAGUCUCAGGCAGGGGACCACACCAACCCUGGGCAUCCCUGCCCCUCCCUCACAAAGCAGACUGUUUUCUGAGAGGAAAGUGUGUCUUUACUGCCAUGCUCAGGUAGGUGACAGGUAGCCCUGUGUGGUGACGAGGUACUGCCUGCCGUGCAGAGCCACGGGGGCCUGUCCAUGGGUGUGCUGGGGUCCAGAGCUGCUUUGCUUCCCACAUGUGUUCCAGGUCUGGUGUUUGCCACUGGCUUAAAUCCAGCGUGUUCUUAUUCCCCUUUUUCCAUGCAGAGAAUGCUCUCCCCUCACCUGCUGAGCAAGGCCCUCGUGCAGAUGGUCCCUUCCUCCAGCCGUGUUCUGCAGUUGGGAGGGGGCUUGGGUUGAGGGCUUUUGCUUGCUUUGGUAGAGGCCUUGGGGCUGUGACUGUGCACUUGGCUCUGCUGCCAGUGGAUUUGGCAGGUACCUAAACCCACAAGCCUGCAUCCUCCUUUUACCUGACCCUGGGAAGUUGUGCUCAGCCCCGCAGGUGGGGCACAGAGGCAGGAUGAAGCAGCCUCACGGGACGGCAGGAUUAGACCUUGUCUCAUCUCCUAAGCCCCAAAUCUGUUCUGUGUGCAUUACCAGGGGUUUGCUUUGGUCCCCAGCACUGCUGGGAGGUGCUGAGCCUCAGGCACAAGCAGCUGCCUUCACCUGACACCAUUUUGUCAGCCAAAUGUGGUUGGCAGAGGCCUCCCCUCCAGCUGCUCCCAGUGCCUGCUCCACAGUGGAACUGCCCAGGCUGUGAUUCCCCUUUCCUGGGGACAAGAGGAAUCUCCUUGGCUGAAGGGAGAAGAAGAGGCAGGGUGAGAGUAUGGGUAGCCCUCCCAGGGAGGGCCAGGCCUUGGCAUCUCCUCCAUCGGUUGAGAACAUUCUUAGUUUUUCUGAAACCAUUUUUUCUUUGGUUUGUUUCAAGCCCUAAUGAAAGGAGACAGGAGCUGGGGAAGGCAGAAAUCUCUUUAUGUCUUUCAGUGUUGUUUACAAAUUUGCAUGGGGUCUUUCAACACGAGUGUGGGCUUUAUCCACAUAACUUUGAGGCAGAGGGGUGGAAAAGGCUGGGACAGGGAAGGGGGAGUCACUGAGGGGGGAGGUUUGGUUUUGGUUUUUGUUGGGAUUUUCUUUUUCCUUCUUACAAAGCACAUUCACUUUGAGCCGCCCAAUGCUGGACUCUUCUCCCUUGCCCCCCAGCCCUACACUGUGAAGUGACACUGCCUUGAAGACCCCUCGCUGUUAUUUAUUUAAUUAAAAACCUAAUUUGAAAGUGA